AUGUCUUCAACGAAACAUGCAUUAGAAGAAACAUUACUCGAAUUAACCCGACAGCUUUCUUUCCGUCUCAACUUGCCACAAACUCCUACAGAUACCACUCCAUUACUUUCCCUAGAUGCUUACCAAUUCCGUGAAGAUGAUAAAUCUCGUGAAAUCUUAAAGAUCGUAAAUGAGAAAACAGGAAUACAAAUAUCUUAUGAAGAAAACAUCCCCAGAAUGAGUUUGGAUAUUAAAACCGAUCAACUGACCCCUUCUUUGAAAUCAUUAGAGGAAAGUUGUAAAUCCAUAUUCUCUUCCUUCCCCCCUCUUCCGUCUCAAAGUGAACAUCCUCAACGUCAAUCUUCUACUUUACCUACCCGAUCGGAAAGGGUGAAAGAAUCAGAUAUUGAUAAUCUACAAAUCAAUCAAAUACUCACUGACGCGAGUUAUAGAUCUUUAAAUCAGUGGACUACAGAUUUCAAUGAACUCAAGAGAUGCCUCGUUCCUAUUCCACCACCAGGAGCUCAAAUCAAUUCUGCUAUCUCACUCUUAAUUGAAUUACAACGUUCCAAAGGUGAAGUUCUGGUAGAUACAUGGAUGGGAAGUUAUAUACCUCUGGCUAGAUCUUUAGCGGAAAGACAGGGUAGUUGGGAUGUUGGAGUAAGUCAAAGAUCGCUGGAGGUAUUGACGGAAACUGAGGUGAAAAGGAGUCAAGAUUGGACGGUUCAUAUUGAAAGUACGAGGAGGUUGAAGGACAGAUGUGAAAGAAAUAACAUGGAUUACGAACGGUUGAGAAGAGUUUCUAGUUCUUCGGUUGGACAGUUAGCAGGCUCACUCUCUGAACAAGAUGAAGAAAAGGCUUUGGAAUCACUCAAAAAGUUUUUAGCUGAUGAGAAGGGAUUAUUGUCUGUGGAGGAGGUGACGAUGACGACUAAGCUAGAAGAUCUCACAAAGGAUGAGAAUCCAGAGUUUGGAGAACAAGUAGAGGGAAAUCAAUCAAAAGUACCAUUGACAGAAAGAGGUUUCGAUAUAUAUCAAACUCGAGGGAAAUAUCAAUUCAUUCUUGAUGUUUCUAAUCUUGAUCAAUCGGAAAAACAACUCGUAUUGGGAUUAUCUAAAAGUACUGGAAUACAUUUAUCUUCUAAUCUUCUUAUAUCUCAAAAUCGUGUGUAUAACAUUUUGAUCAAUCUUGAUAAAGAUCAAUUCCUUCCUUCACUUGCUCAAAUCCAGACAGCUUGGAAAGCUUCUCUAUUAGAUCUCGCCAUGCAUUCAGCGACGGAACGUGUUGAAAAGGAAGAUAUCAAUUUAUACGUCAAAAUGUCAGAAAAGACAAUAUCCAUCAUUGAAGAAAAAGCUUUUGAAUGUUGUUCUUAUUUAUACCAGCUUUACUCAUCCCAACUUCAACCCACGGUAGGUCACAAUGUGAAGAGUGUGGAAGAUAAUACAUUCAAAGGAAUUAUUGGGAUAGGGAAAGAAGGUAAGAAUUCAACAGAGAAGGAUAUCAAGAAUUUGACAAGUUUGAAAAUGGAGAAGAAGAAUGAUUCAGAUCCUAGUAAAUCAAUAUUGACCCAAAUGGUAGCAUUGAAAUUAGUUGACAUGUUUGUGAAUCUUCGGGAAACAAGUCAAAAGAUGAGGAUGGACUUAUCAGAAACUUUACGUACUUUAGGUCGACCAGUGUCUACUAUCAUCUCCGAUAUAACUGAAACUCAAACUCGAUUGGAUGGUGUUAAUACACAAAAGAACAAUAAAGUGGCUUCCGUCAAGAAAACAUGUGAGGAAUAUCAAUUGGAUUUCAAAACUUUGAAGAGUAUGUCGCUUAAAGAGUUAAGACAACUAAUAACUCAAUUUUCUACCACUACCCAUCAAACGGAUCAAGACAGUUUAACAAUUCUGAGAAAUUAUCUUAAACCUCAGAUAACCUUGCCUGUUUCAACGAAUACUCUUACUCCUGUGACUGAUCCGAGCUUGGAUUCAAAGGGAGGAAUCAGUUCUGCGUUGGGGGGUGAAGGGGUUGAGGAGGGAGGAAACAAGAAACGUAGGAAAAGACCGAAAAAAUUGAAAUUACCUUCUUGGUUAAAACAAGAAUCAAGCUCGAGACCUUUAUUGGAUAAAGUAAGUGGGAUAAUCACAUCAAUAGAGUUUGUUUCGGAUCAUCCUGGUCUAGGAAGAUUGAGACGAUCUCGAUCUUUUGAUUCGUUUGAUGUUGCGGACAAGGAGAACAGGGACGUUUAUGAGAUGGCUUUGAAAUCUAUUUUCGAGGUGAAUGGAGAGGGUGGGCUUGAGGGAGAGGCUGAUAUCAAUGAGGGCAAGGGUACGGAGAAUAUCGACUAUGUCCAUGAAACGAGAGAAGGGGGGAUUGAUGAGGGUGACGAGAAGAGCCAUCAGCAAGACGAGAUAACAACGAGAUUGGAUAAAUUGGUCCAGAUCCAAGAGACCACUCGUUCGAACACACGUCUGGCUGAUAAGAAAUCCCAAUCGGAAUGGCUCGAUAAUGUUUUGGAAAGCAAAAUUCCGUUGACGGAGUUAAUGAAGACAUUGGAUGGUUGGAAUUCCGUUGCUCGGGGUCAGGCGGUGAGCCAAUUUGAGACCAUAAGAGAAGGGAGGAUAGAUUAG